CAUAGCCGAGGGAGGAAGGCAAGAGAGCACCGCCGAGAGCGACGAGUGACGACAGUCGCGCCAGCAGUCCGCGCUAGCGUGCCUCGGCUCACUAAGAUAUCCGUCCCCGUCACCGCAUCGUCUAGGUUAAGAGCUCCGAAGAGGCAUCCGGGACGUCCCCCGAUGUACGGCAGCAUGAGGGAGCGGGUGGAGCACAGCCCGAACAUCCGGGCCCUUGGCCUCGACGCCCUCCACGCGCUCUGCAGGGACGUCUACCCGGAGCAGGGCAAUCCCCUCACCGUCACGGCCAUCCUCAAGUAUUGGUUGGGUGGUCCCGAUCCCCUGGACUACAUCAGCAUGUACGAGAAUCCGGGUUGCCCAGAGCUCGGUGUUCCCCCACAUUGGCACUACAUCAGUCUUGGACUCUCGGACCUUCACGGGGAUGGCCGUCUACACCCGCGAAGCGGUCCUGGGCGUCCCAGUGGCUUCGGCUUCGAGCUUACCUUCCGCCUGGUGCGCGAACGUGGCGAAACGAGCCCGCCAACCUGGCCGGCGAAUGUCAUGCAGCAGCUCGCCAAGUACGUCUUCAACUCCGGAAACAUGCUCAUGCCCGGGGACCACGUGUCCUGGCACGCACCCCUCGACGGCGGACCCGGUCCCGGGCGCAUCACGCAGAUACUCAUGGGCCGGGAUCCACAGUUGCCGGCCUCCGCGGCCACACCACACGGUGAGGUAUCGUUUGUGCAAAUUGUGGGCGUGACGUCCGAGGAGCUGCAGGCUGCUCAACACUGGAACGGACUCGGUGUCAUCAACCUCUUAAAGACCACGAGGGGCUGUGGCUCAUGGCUUGUCACGGACAUGAGACGCAUUAAUUCCGUCAUGGAGGAGGAUCCUUCGAUAGCCGAGAAAAUUCAGGGCGGCAUCGAGAGAGAGGGAUCUAAUCUCAGUGGCGUGUCGGCCAAGUGUUGGUGGGUCCAAAUGUGCGGCGAAAAAAGUACAGAAAAAUAUCGCGAGAGAAGAGACGAUUCGGACGAAGAAGAGCUGGAUAUAAAACCAACCAUCAAGUCGGAAAGAUUAUCGCCUUGCGACCAAGAUGCAAAUAUUCCUGAAGACAAUGGAAUCAAACCACUUCUUGGGCUUCAUCUCACUUUUAAUUUAGAAGCAGGAAGUUUAUUGCCUUUAGCGAUAAAAGGCAGAGUAAUGCAUGGAAGACAUUUCACAUUUAAGUCGAUACUAUCACAUACAGCAGUAACAAUAGUGGCCCCGUCAGUUACUGGUACACUAGUGUCGAGAGAAAGGCCUUAUGUCGUACAAGGACCCUGGUUACAAGUCCUGCUUCCUGAGGAUCUUGCAGAAACAAUGGCUCAGGAGUUUCAAAUUUUGAGCACCCCAGAACAUCUCCAACUGCCGCGAACAUUUUCUUGGCCUGAACACAAGCUUGCCAUCACGAUUGCCAAUGAUUAAUUGAAAUA